CCAUGCAGCUGGCUGUCCUCAUCCUGCGGGACCUGCUGGGUUACUCCUGCCAGCUGCCCGAACUGGCCCGGGAGAUCAGCACCAACCACAUUCCCGGACUCCUCACCUCUUUGCUGGCUCUCAAGCCCGAGUGCCAACUUUCUGCCCUGGAAGGAAGCAAGGCGUGCAUGAUGUUUUAUCCCCGGGCGUGUGGCUCCUUGCGAGGCAGGCUGGCUGCCUACUUCUUGGCCUGUCUGGAGGCAGAGACCCCCCAGCUGCAACAGCUGGCCUGCGAGUGCUAUGCCCUCCUCCCCUCGCUGGGUGCCGGGUUCACCCAAGGGCUCAAGUACAAGGAGUGCUGGGAGCACCAGGCCCACUGCCUCUUGGCCACGCUGCACAGCCUGCUGGGGACGCUCUACGAGGGGGCCGAGACAGAUCCCCUGCAUUACGAAGGGCCUGGCAUGGAGAUCCUCCUGCCGGCACCGGAAGACGGGGAGAGCAGCUUCCUCCUUCAGCUGAAACAUCGUUUCUCGGCCUUGAUGAAAUGUCUCUGCAAGAUGCUAAGCGAUGAGUUUGUGGCUCCGGUGACCGUCCCGGUUCAAGAUGUGCUGGACCUCGUCUGCCGGAGCCUUGACAUCUCGGCCAAGAGCAUUAGCUGGUUCGGUGACGGGCCUCUGCGGAUGCUGCUGCUGCCUGCCAUCCAUCUGGAGAGCCUGGACCUCCUUGCUGCUCUCCUCUUGGCAUGUGGCCCACGUCUGGUGAGGUUUGGGGGCACCCUCUGCCGCCUGUUUCCUCAGGUCUUGACUAUGUGGAGCUCCAGCCGAGACCUCUUCCCGCCCGGGCAGGAGCGCCCGUACAGUGCCAUCCGGACGCGGCUUUACCAGGUCCUGGAUCUGUGGAUUCAAGUUGCUGGGGCGGCGUCCGGCAUCCUGCAGGGGCCCGGGACCCAGACCGAAGCCCUGCUGGGCCACCUGAUCAGCGACAUCAGCCCCCCCAGUGACACACUCAAGAUCCGUGAAGGCUGCUCUGGCUCCGAGGGGAAGCCCAGUGCCCCCAAGAAGCCCAGGCUGUCGGAUGUGGGGGGCUCGGGCUCCCUCUCCCACAAGCACGACCCUCGAGCCAACAGCAGUGUGUGCCUGGCUGCCUUGCAAGGUCUGAGCCGUGCUGUGCUCCUCACAGGCAGCCUGAUCAAGGAACAAACCCACAAGAGGCUGCAAGAACUGGCCGUCCUCCUGCUGGUCCGCCUGAGCCAGGCCGAGCCCCACCCGGGGUCUCCCUACGCCAGCGCCGACUGCCGCCGGGAGCUGUACCGCCUGCUGCUGGCCUUGGUGUUGGCGCCCUCCCCGUCGUGCCCCCCGCCUCUACACUGUGCCCUGCGCCUGCUCGGCCAAGGGCGCCUGGAUCUCAACCUCCAGGUCUCCUCCUUUUGCGCAGAGGCUCUGGUGGUCUGCAGCGCCCUCCUCCACCCCGUGGCGCUGGCGGCGGGGGCCAAGCUGCGCCGCUCCGUCUUCAUCCACUACGACAAGGAGGAGGAAGAGGACGUGGAGAUCUCCCUGGAGAGCGACUCGGACGACAGCGUGGUCAUUGUGCCCAAGGGGCUGCUGGGCAAGGGCGGCGCCUUGGGCACCACUGCUGCGCCCUCCUCUCCUCCUCCUCCUCCUCCACCACCACCGCCCCCGUCAGAGGAGGCGCCCCCGGAGGCAGUGGUCCCUCUCCCUCUGGGGCCCCCGCCCCUGGCCCCUCCCCCGGCAGCCGUGGCGUUGCCCUCUUCCCCGGCUCCAGAGGCCAGCGAUGCUGCGCUCCCGGCCUUGAUGGAGGAAGACCCCACCGUCAUCAACAUCAACAGCAGCGAGGAGGAGGAGGAGGAGGAAGACGAGGAGGACGAGGAGGAGGAGGACUUCCCAGAGGAUGAGGAGUACUUUGAUGAGGAGGAGGUAAGUGGGUGGGUGCCUCGGCGCCCUGCAGGCGGGGCCCCGUGGGCUCUUUGCACCCUCCACUCCAGCAGCCACGAGGAGGACGGCUGCCGUCCAUUGCUUCGACCCGGCUGGGCGCUCUCUCUGGCUCCCAUCAAAGAUAGCCUGUGGCUCUCUCUGGCUCCCCGGCUCACUUGUAUGUUGCUCAGACAGACUUUUGGUGGAGGGAGGGGAGAAGAGGCCACAGGCUGGCUCUGUGUGUGUAUGUGUGUGUGUGUGUGUGUGAGAAAGAGAGAGACUGGGUGGGGACUGGUCUGUUUUGUUCCCAGAGAGGGUGGGCAGGUGAGAAGCUUGCCGGUCCUCUUGUCCUUUGCUGAUCAGGAGGAAGAGUUUGACGAAGAGGAGGGAGAGUUUGAGGAGGAGCUGGACGAGGAGGAAAUGGAGGAGCUGGACGAGGAAGAGGAGGAUGACUUUGAUGAGGAGGAGGAGGGCAUCACGGAGGAGGAGGAGGAGGAGGAGGAAGAGGAGGAGGAGGGCCUGACCGAGGAAGAGGAGGGCCUGCCACCCACACUGCCCCACCGGAAUGAGGAGGAACCCCCUGAGCUGCUUCCGGUGAAAGAGGAGCCCCCCAAGCUGCUGGAGGAGGAAGAGCUUGACGAGGAGGAGGAGGAAGAAGAGGAGGGGGCUGGGCUGCACAUGGAGGUGGAAGAGGAAGCCUUCCACCCGGUCCAGGAAGAGGAGGAAGAGGUGGAGGAAGAGGAGAACUGCGUGGAAGGGGGCCGGACUGCAGUGGAAGUGGUGCUGCUGAAGGCCGAAGGGCCCCCCUUGCCGCCUGUGGUUCAAGAGCUGCAGCUCCCCAGUGCUCUCUCCCUCCUGCCCCCUCCCAGGCAGGAGGCCCCCUCCCCACCCCCUGCUCCCCUAGAGGAAGAGGAGAGGCUCCCAAUGGAGCAGCUGGGCCCUGCGGACACAGAAGCCUCAACGAAGACAGCCACCGCCACCACCACCGCAGCAGCCGCAGCAGCAGAUCCUCAGGAGCGGAGGGAGGAGGAGGAGGAGGAGACCGGCGAGAUUCUGGUGUGUGCCGGAGGCAGCAGAGACACCGGCCUGGAGGCUGGCCUUGUGCGCGGGGAGUCUGAGAAGCAGCCCCCGCCGCCCCUGGCAGAUGAAGUGGUGGAGGUGAAGGAGGAGGAGGAGGAGGAGUCAUUGGCUGUGGACGAGACAGAGGCCAUGUUGGCUGACUUUGUGGACUGCCCGCCGGACGACGAGAAGGCCCCGCCCGGCCCCUCUUCCUGAGGGAGCCUCCCUCCAGAGGUGGCUUGUGAAACAGAGGAGACUGUUUUGGAGCUGGGAUCCGGGGGCAGGUGCGGCGAAGACGAGGGCUUGGGACUUGAUCCCAGGCCAGGCCCAGGCAGCCCCUCUCCCUGCUUCCAAAGCAUCGCUGCCCUUCCUGGACUGGACUUCAGAGGCUCUUUGCCCAUUUAUUGUGGGUGGGAUUUUUGUUUGUUUUUUUACUCUUAUGAAAAGGAUCAAUAAAUGUUGUUGUUUUGAU